GUCGCUACGUCACUGACGCCGCUGAUGCGAGGCCGCCACGGCGACGCUGUCAAGACCUCGACUCGUUACUAAAUUCCGCGCAACAGCAGCAGGUGCCGUCGUCAGCUGUCGGUCGUCCACUUCGGACAGUUCAGAGCUUUCACCGUGGCGCGUCCCUACCAUAUCCAUAUGCUCCCCUUGUCCGAAAGGAUGCUCCUCGUGUCUGGUUUCACGUACGUGAGUGCUCAUGCACAUCAGCGGUCGAACUGUUGGGUCGACGUGUCUGCCAGCGGUCAGUAGAGCUUUAAAAGAGAUUGAAGUGAGGCUAGCUACAGCUCCCGAUGAAGUCCUGCGCUUGGUGUCUGCUAGUGCUAUGCCACGCCUGGUGGGCGGGCUGCGCCGCAUCUGACGAUGUCCCGCUCCUACUGGUCGUGUCGUUCGACGGCUUCUGGUACCAAUACCUGUCCCUCUACAACACCCCCAAUAUCCAGGCGCUGGCGGCCGAAGGAGUUCGCGCGGAGUACAUGAAGAACGUGUACGUGACCAAGACUUUUCCCAACCACUUCACGCUGGCGACGGGGCUGUACGAGGAAAGCCACGGCAUCAUGGGCAACUCCAUGUACGACCCGACGCUCAACGAGACCUUCGACCUGAGCAACACCGACCCCAGGUGGUGGGACAACGGGCAGGUGGUGCCCAUCUGGAUUGCAAAUCAGCUGCAUGGCACGUCGAGGCGUAGCGGGGGCAUGAUGUGGCCGGGCACCGACGUGACGUUCCACAAUGGCCGCGCCCACCGCGUGCUGGCUUACGACCCCCGUGUGAACUUCACCACCCGGGUAGACACGGUCAUCUCGUGGUUCCUGGACUCGGCGGAGCCUGUCAAUUGUGUGCUCCUGUACCACGAAGAACCCGACGCGACGGGCCACCGCUUUGGGCCAUUCUCAACUGAGGUUCGGACCCAGGUCGAGGCCGUCGACAAUCUGGUCGGGCAGAUGGUGCAAAGCCUGGCGGCAGCGGGCCUCUUGGACAGGCUGAACCUGUUGCUGGUGAGUGACCAUGGCAUGGCCUCGGUGCCGUCUGCCAACGUGAUCGAUGUGGACGCCAUCCUGGGUGCCGACGCUUACUUGGAGUACGGCACCAGCCCCGUCUGGAAUCUGGUUCCUCGUGGAGGUCACACUGCCGAGGAGCUGCACAGCAAGCUAGCGCAGGCAUCGAGCCGGGGGGUGCGGCUGCGAGCCUACCUGGCUGCCGACAUCCCUGCCGAAUACCACUAUGCCGGCAAUGCCCGAGCGCUCAGCGUUCUCCUGGAGGCAAAUGAGGGCUGGGAGUUGGUCAGAGGCAAUCCAGGGCCCCGGGACAACCGGACUGUAUAUGGAGCCCACGGCUACAACAACAGCCUAGACUCUAUGCACCCGCUGUUUGUGGGGCGUGGGCCGGACCUGGUCCGUGGCCUGGUGGUGGGGCCCUUCCCCAACGUGGACCUUUUCCCCCUCAUGUGCGUGCUAUUGCGCCUGCCCGUGCUGCCCUCCAACGGCUCCUUGGACCACGUUGUGUCCAUGCUGCGCCUCGCUGGGACCCCGCAAGACCGGCAGGUUGUCCCGGUCGUGUUCUUGGUGGCACUGGGGGUGCUGUCGGCGACGACUCUGGUCGCUUUGACGGCCCUGGGCUUCCAGUUGUGGAAGGGCCGCGGCAGAAAACAGAUCCGGGAAGUGGCCCUUGCCUGGAGCCGCCCCGAGGAGCAAGCGCAGCUGCUGGUGGCAGAGGACCUAUGACGCCACCUUGAGCCAAAGGGUUGACCCUCCCUUCACGUAGCCGGAGAGAUAUGCUGGCCUUUCCUUAUGCACCGUCUUAAUGCCUCUGGGGAAACGCCGGAUGAAUGUAGAGAAACAUCUAGGGAAAAGAUGAGAUCUAGGGAAAUAUAUUGGGAAGUGCUGGAUUUUAAGAAACACCAAGGGAAAUGCCAGAAGGAUCUAGGGAGGCAUAUAAAGAAACAUUUAGGGAAAUGCCGGGAUCUAGAGAAAUGUUUAGGGAAGCGCUGGGACUAGGGAAACACCGAAGGAAGUGCCAGAUGAAUCUAAAGAAGCACAUAGAGAAAUGUCUGGAUAAAUGCAGUGAUCUAAAGAAUUUCCAAGGGAAGUGCUGGAUCUAGAGAAAUGCCAGAUGAAAGUGUUGUCCUGAAGGUCCUGCUGAAAGGGCAGCUGAAGUGCUCCAUUCUCUGAUUUUCCUUUUGGGGCAUUCUGCUGACGUGGAGAUGACAGUUUCUUGGUUCCUACUUUUUUGUGUGUGAGGUUGAGAAUCAUCUUUGCCCCAAACAGUAUUGUGUGACGGUGGUCGCUCACUCAACUAGCACUACCAAAGCAGCUGUUCUGCUUUUUUCAUGCCACUUAUGCUUCUUAUCUUGACAAAAGGAUGUUCGCUUUUUGGAAGUUGUGAAGCCGAUAAAAGCGGUUUUGAAUUUUUUUGCUACCAGUAGGAAAUUAUUAUGUCAUAGAAGAACUGUUAAAGACUUUUUCGUGGUGGUAUUUUGGUUCCUCGUUGUAGUUCAGUGUUUCCCAAACUGUGGUUUGCAACUGCAAGGAGGUCACAAAAGUUUCAAUAAAAAACACUUAACAACUCAAAAAAAAAAAAUCGAAUUGGGCAUUUGGUAGUGGCGAUGAUAAAAACAAAGUGCAGGUCGCAGCUCAACGUCGAGUCAAAACCAAGGGUUGCGAUGUCCCCACUUUGCUCUCGCUUGGAGAAACUGUGCUCUAACAAACAAGCUCACCUUAGACAUCAGGGACAGUCCUUCCUGAUGGCAUGCAUGUUUUUUUCGAUGGUUUCUAGGCAACCUGAUUCGCUUUGACUAUAUUGACUGUCAAGUAAAAUUUCAGUGUUAAUUUCAGGUACUGCUACUCUUCAUGUACUGAAAUCAAAAAAUCUUGUGGUAUCGCGAAAAGCCAGCCAAGUGUGUGGGGAGGGGAGGGGGGGGGGGGGCACGGCAGAGGGUGGGUUGCAACAAUAUACUCUUUUUAUCCUCUUGAUGGUUUGCAGGGUGGCAGUUUGGAAAGCAUUACUGUAGCUGAUUCCAGCUCAUAGAGUUUAUCUAUAUCCCACAAGUAUUUGUCUAAAUCUCUAUUUAUACAAAGUAAGCUCCAUCAUGAGGAUUUUGUUGCUCUAUGUUUGUUUUUUGGUUCUAGACAUUCCAGUUGAUUUUCCUUGCGGCCAUGUGUAACUUGCUUUCAUCUUGAAGGGGAGAACCACAGACGUACAGUGCGUUUCUUGCAACCGAGCGACUAUCGUCAAAUCUAUGUUUCAAAAUGUGCUUACAUGGGUAAUAAUGUGUAGUGUCUGUCGCAGCCCCGUGCGAGUGACAGAUGAAGAAGUGCAGGCAUGGUGUUUGUUCUCUUGGUGUGUCUCGCUCUCAUACUUAACUAAAUCACUUGUGCCUUAGUAAAACAUGGGCCUCUGGUACGGCCAGUGAUGGCAAAAACGGAGAGUUGGCAUUUACUAACUAUGCUGUAUCAUGUUAUGCAUUUAAACUACCUUGCUGUUGAGCACUUAACAGGUUAUGGGUGUGGGCAAUUGUGCCCUUGGAUGAGCCUGUUUGGUGGCCAUGUUGUUUAACACCCACCGCAAGCAAAUUUUGCUCAUCGUGCGUGUUCUUUAAGAUUUGGUUGUCACAGAAAAAAAAACACUAGUUUUUACGUUUAAUUGAAAUAUACGUUUUGAUGAAAUAACCAUUAAGUGAUCUUAAAUGCACGCACACACAAGUAUCUUAAUUUCCCAUGUAAAAGGAGGAAUUCGUGUUGCUCCACGACGAGCCGAGCUUUUUGUUUUGUGGUUCUUUUCCUAAAAAUGAGUAUAAAUCUAUGAGCAACAUUGGAUUGCAAUGCUGCUGAGAGGUGGACAGCUUAAACCUUCGCUUACGUUAGUGGUGGCAAGAACAUUGUUGGGAGUUGGGCCUCACUAAGGUUGUUGGUUGUCCUCUUUCUGUUACAGUCUCUCAUUCAAUGUGUUCAACUUCUACCCUAUCUCGCUAUUUGUGCACAAUGUUACCAAAGUUAUAGGGGCUGGAGUGUAACAAUAGCUUUUGGAGGAAGGGAACAAGGAACUGCUUUCUUUCUUGGACCCUCUUUGUAUAUGCAUUCCCGUGUUGCUUCUCUCUCUCGGAGAUUAGCCAGUCAUUAAAAAUCUACACAAAAGCGGCUUUCCGCUCUCUCUGACCCAUGGCUUUUGCAGCAUAUGUGCAACUAGCGAGAUAGAGUGUAGCUUCUUGCUUUCAUUCUGCUUGGACUGCGGUGGUAGCUAGAGACACCGCAUAUGCUCUCGAAAGGUCAGUGCUGGUUAUACAGUUGUUUCCAUCAUGCGCUCCUUCAUAAAGCCUCCAUAUUCCGGUUGCUAGCAGCCCCUGAAUUAAGACAAGUGUGUGGGGACCGAUUUCACGCCGAAAGAAUGGUUGAUGGAAAUUCUGUGUGAACAUUACUUCGAUAUACGUUUGAAGCAUUUGGCACAUUUGCCACUGACAAAUCGGGCUCUUAUUUCUGCUAUUGUGUAUGUGGUGAUCAGAAACAGUGCAAAAGAGGAACAUAUACAACAGGACAAACGCUGACUCACAACUAUUCAUUUUUUUUUUUGCUUGUAGAAAAUAAAUAAAACAAACAAUGUAUCGCACAUUUAAUGAAGUGCCAGCGCUUGCCGUAGUGUGCACAUAUCAUGGGUGGAAGAUGCACGUGUGCAUGUAUGGUGCGCUGUUUGUUUUAUUUCUUGUUUUUUGUAAGUAGAAAAUUAAUAGCUUUUAGCCAGUGUUCGUCCUGUCGUGCAUGUUCCUCUUUUGUCCUUGCCUUUCGCACUGUUUCUAAUCGGCAUGUACAACUACCAAAACUUUCACCUCUAAUACAGUGCUAUUGUGCUCCUUUCAAGAGCACGUGCUAUGGCUCCAGCGGCAACUUAAAUGCCUUCCAUGGAACAAUCUUUGGAAUGGUUGUCUGAGAUCUCAUUGGGUAUGUUUUAUAGUCAUUUUAAACACUUAAGCUUUUGCAUCUAGUCCCUUAUAAAUAAAAAUAUUAUGUAUAA